GUGCAAACAUAUCUGUUCCGGUUGAUUUUAGAUGGAUUCAGUUGAUCAUACAAUCUUCCACAAAGUUUGAUCCAUCGAAGACAUUUUUCGUACUUGGUCUUCGGUUUUGGAAAGGCUACGAAUUGAACUCCACCAACUAGCCUUUCAGGAUACCUGUUGUCACUAUUACAAAGUCCGUGACUACACCUCUUAACCAUAUCUAUUGUUAAAGAACCCAAAUACGCGAUAAAACGCUAACAAAAGCUAUGCUGGACCAUGAAACAUUGUCUGAGGGAACAGCGGACCCCAAAAAGGGGCGUGGUUUAUGCAGAUCUCUGGCCUCUGAUUAGUCAGCGACGCGGAUGUCGCAAUUUCUACAGAGGGGUCAAUUAUCUUGGGCAGAAGGCGGGGUACACCCUGAACUCGGUACCACCCAAUCCCAGGGCACAUUGAAACAAAGAAGCAUUCACACGCACCAUCACAUCUGAAUGAUUUAUGGUUUCCAAUUAAUGCGUGUUUUUGGGAUGUGGGAGGAAACCGGAGGGCCCAGAGAAAACCCACGCAGCCAUGGGAAGAACAUGGAAACUCCAUCCAGGCUGGGUCGGGAUUUGAACCCCAGUCCUCAGAACUCUGAGGCCAACUCCCUACAGCUGCCCCACUGUGCCUCCCACAAAUAAAUCAUUCAUUUUAUUGGCCACUUAUCCGCACAAGGGUCAUGGGAGAGGCAGGAGGCAGGGUACACCCUGAACUGGUUGCCAGCCAAUUGCAGGGCACGCAGAGACAAACAGUCAUACUCAUAAUCACGUCAAUCAUAUCAGAUUGCUAUGAUACUUUUUUCUGGUGGAAUUUAGUGGAAUCAUCUCACUGUCAGUUGGUAAAGCUUUCUUGAAAAUAAUAAAACAUUUGAUGUUUUAUUGGGAAAAUUUGAACUUCCCCUGAACCGGAAAGUAAACUGUGGAUCCUGAAUAUUGAGCGGAAGUAAGGUCAUGAAAUCAAUUUUUAUAACCUAUUUUCAGAGCAGUGUGUCACCUAACCCAAUUAUCAUUUAACGUGAAACUCAACUCGUAGACCAUGGUGACUGCCGAUGAAAUUGCAAAGUUGUGUUACGAGCGUUUCAACGAGCUUCCACGAAGAGGGAAGCCCGAGCCGGGCAGAGAAUGGACCCCGUUAGCCGCGGUGGUGAAAAUCACCCAAUGUGCAAAUUUAGGCACAGUUGAAAAAGAAGUUGUUUCCCUCGGAAGUGGAACAAAGUGUAUUGGACAGACUGCCAUGAGUCCCAAAGGUGAUGUGCUCAAUGACAGCCAUGCAGAGGUCAUAGCGAGAAGAGGGUGUGUCAGGUAUCUCACACAGGAGUUGCACAGUGCUGUGAGCGGAAGGGGAAGUUCUGUGUUUUGCCAGACAGUGCAUCAUGGGAAAUGGAGGCUUCAACCAGGAAUUUCCUUCCUGUUUUUCACCAGUCAUACACCUUGUGGUGAUGCCUCUAUAAUCCCCAUGAAAAGCAGCCAACUUCAAGCGUGUACUUCUGUCGCAUCUAUGAAGAAUGAUCAAGGCAUAGCUGGAGGCCUAAAAAGAAAAGCUAAAGCACAUAUUCCAAGGCAAAACUCCAAACAUCCCUCUCUAAAAGAAAAUGGCCCCGAAGAGACAAAACCAAAGAAUAUUCAAAAAUCAAAGCCACCUUUUUCCUUGCCCUCGUCUUCAUCUACUUGUGAUGAUGACCCAUCCCAUGGACCAUCUGCCAAAAGACACCAAGAGGCCGUCUCAAAAGCUUCAGCAGAGCUAAUUAUUAAAAACAAAAUCCCUUCAAACAUUAGCACUGUGGUCUUUGCCAGGCUGAACUCGCAGAUCUGUGAUGUUCUCAGAACAGGAGCAAAGUCUGUACCUGGUUGCCUUGCAGAUCCUCUCCAACCAGGGAUGGGCUACCAUAGUAUAGGAUUACUGCGUGUCAAACCUGGUCGAGGACAACCAACCCUUUCUCUCUCAUGCAGUGAUAAACUGGCUCGCUGGGUAGUGCUGGGCUUUCAGGGAGCACUUCUGUCACACUACCUACAGGAGGCACUCUACUUUAGCACUGUGGUGGUUGGAAAGUGUCCCUUUAGCCAUGAGGCGAUGCAAAGAGCUUUGAUCACAAGAUGCUCACAUGUAUCAGAUCUCCCUGUUGGUUUCUCAGUGUCUGCACCCAUUAUUCUUCAGUCCAAAUUGGAGUUCCCCUUCAGCAAGGCUCAGACUGAGCUCCAACACAAGGCUGGACAAGGAAGCAUAACACCCUGUGGGGCAGCUAUCAGCUGGUGUAACGUGCCUGAUCAGCCACUUGAUGUCACUGCCAAUGGCUUCAAACAAGGAGUCACUAAGAAGGCUUUGGGAACAGCUCAAGCAAGGUCUGCUCUGUGUAAACUGGAGCUUUUUCAUUCAUUCCUGUCUCUGGUAUCGUCCACUCAAGCUUCAGUACUUCCAGACUCACUCAGGAGGACAGAUCUACACACAUACUUGGACUUUAAGGAGGCAUCUAAGACCUACCAGCAAGCUUGGCAGCAACUUCGCAAUCAAGCAUUCCCCCUUUGGCCACGCAGUGACAGAGACCUCCUCCUCUUCAAAUGAAACCCAAAAUAUCUUUAAGAUUAUUGCAGAGCUGUCAAAUAAUAUGUGACAUCCGUAUUUUGUUGCAGAAAUCACUGAAUGCUGACUUGUUAUGCUCGUAACACCAAUUAUUCCGACUAUUCAGGUAAAAAAAAAAAAAAAUUCCAAUUCCGACAUAAUCGGCCAGUAAUGCACUGUGGCAGGCAACCGUGACAAAAUUUAUAUAAAUGAAUUUAAAGAAAUAAUUACUUGUCAGUUGUUUAAACAGAUGUCAAAGCAUCGCCUCCACGAGAGCGGAUAAACUGCACAUUACUGUUCCCCUUACAUGUAUCGUUUACGGUAUCAGAAAGGGAGGACAGUGAGUAAUGCAGAAAUGCAUGAUGCUAAUUGUAAAGGUAGAGGAGACUGGCGCUUGUUGCAUGGGUUAGUUCUCACUUUGCAAAUUUGCACUUUGAAUAUCUGACUCUUUUUCAAUUUCAAGUAAAAAAAGGGGGGGGGUAAUAAUUAUUUAGUACUUGUUUUCUUCUUUUCCUUUUGGCUUGCCCCAUUAGGGGUCGCCACAGCGUGUCAUCUUUUUCUACCUAAGCCUAUCUCCUCCAUCUUCCUCUCUAACACCAACUGCCCUCAUGUCCUCCCUCACAACAGCAAUCAACCUUCUCUUUGGUCUUCCUGUCACUCUUUUUCCUGGCAGCUCCAUCCUCAGCACCAUUCUACUUAUAUACUCUCUCGCCUCUGGACAAGUACAAACCAUCGAAGUCUGCUCUCUUGAACCUUAUCUCCAAAACAUCCAACAGACUGUCUCUCUAAUGAGCUCAAUUCCUAUCCUAUCCAAUGUGCUCACUCCGAGCGAGAACCUCAAGUCUUCAUUUCAAUCUCCUGUUGCUUCCUGUUGUCUCUUCAGUGCCACCGUCUCUAAUCCGUACAUCAGGCCCGGCCUCACCACUGUUUUAUAAACUUUGCCCUUCAUCCUACCAGAGACUCUUCUGUCACAUACCACACCAAGCACCUUCCACCAGCUGUUACAACCUGCUCGGACCAGUUUCUUCAUUCUCUUACCACACUUAACAUUGCUCUGCUUUGUUGAACCCAAGUAUUUGAAGUCGUCCACCUUCGCUAUCUCUUCUUUCUAAAACCUCACUCUUCCCCUUUUGUUUGGUCUUCCCCUCACUCUUUUGCCUGGCAGUUCCAUCCUCAGGGCACUCCUACCAAUAUACUCACUCUCCCACCUCUGGAAAUGUCCAAACCAUGUCCAUGUCUCUUCAAUGCCACGGUUUCUAAUCCAUACAUCAUGGCCGGCCUCACCACUGUUUUAUAAACUUUGGCCUUCAUCCUACCAGAGACUCUUCUGUCACAUAACACGCCAGACACCUGCUGCCAGCUUUUCCAACCUGCUUGGACCCGUUUCUUCACUUCCUUACCACACUCACCAUUGCUCUGGAUUGUUGACCCCAAGUAUUUGAAGUCAUCCACCCUCGCUAUUUCUUCUCCCUGGAGCCUCACUCUUCCCCCUCCACCCAUCUCAUUCAUGCACAUAUAUUGUUUCACUUUGGGUAAUCUUCAUUCCUCUCCUUUCCAGUGCACGCCUCCAUCUUUCUAAUUGUUCCUCCACCUGCUCCCUGCUUUCACUGCAUAUCACAAUAUCAUCUGCGAUUAUCAUGGUACAAGGGGAUUCCAUUCUAACCUCAUCUGUCAGCUUAUCCAUUACCACAGUAAACAGGAAGGUGCUCAGAGCUGAUCCCUGAUGCAGUCCCACCUCCACCUUAAAUUCUUCUGUCACACCUAUGGCACACCUCACCACUGUUCAGCUGCCCUCAUACAUGUCCUGUUCUAUUCUAACGUUUCUCCGCCUCACCAGACCUACGCAUGCAGGACCACAGUUCCUCCAUUGGUACAUUCAUAGGCUUUCUCUAAAUCCACAAAGACACAAUGUAGCUCCUUCUGACCUUCUCUGUACUUUACCAUGAGCAUCCUCAAGGCAAAUAAUGCAUCUGUGGUACUCUUUCUAGGCAUGAAAUCGUACUGUUGCUCACAGAUACUUGCUUCCUUCCUGAGUCUAGCCUCCACUACUCUUUCCCAUAACUUCAUUGUGUGGCUCAUCAACUUUAUUCCUCUAUAAUUCUCACAGCUCUGCACAUCGCCUUUGUUCUGAAAAAACUAGCACACUUUUCAUCCAUUCUUCAGGCAUCUUCUCACUGCCUUGUUUUCUGUUGCAUAUGUUGGUCAAAAACUCCACAGCCACCUCUCCAAAUUGCUUCCGUACCUCCAAAGGUAAGUCAUCAGGACCAACCGCUUUUCCAUUUUCAUCUCCUUUAGUGGCUUUUUAACUUCCCCCUUAAUAAUCACUGCCACUUCCUGGUCCUUCACAUUUGCCUCUUCUACUCUUUCUCCUCUCUCAUUUUCUUCAUUCAUCAACUUCUCAAACUAUUCUUUCCAUCUAUUUAGUACAAGACUGGCACCAGUCAACAUAUUUCCAUUUCUGUCCUUAAUCAUCCUUACCUGCUGCACAUCUUUCCCAUCUCUAUCCCUCUGUCUGGCCAACAUGUAGAGAUGCUUUUCUCCUUUUUUUGUGUCUAACCUGGUGUACAUUUUGUCAUAUGUUUCUUAUUUAGCCUUCGCCACCUCCACCUUUGCUCUACGUCGCAUAACAAUGUAUUCCUUUCGCCUCUCCUCAGUCCUCUCAGUGUCCCACUUCUUCUUUGCUAAUCUCUUUCUUUGUAUGACUUCCUGUAUUUUGGGGUUCCACCACCAAGUGUCCUUCUCCCCUUUCCUACCAGAAGACACCCCAAGUACUCUACUCCCUGUCUCUCUGAUCACCUUGGCUGUAGUAGUCCAGUCUUCCGGAGCUCCUCCUGUCCAUCGAGAGCCUCUCUCAUCACUUUCCGAAAGGCCACACAAUGCGUGUGUUACUUUCGGCUUGUCCCUUUCGGGGUCGCCACAGCGUAUUAUCUCAGAUGAACGCAUAUAUAUGUUUGGCACAAUUUUUACGCCAGAUGCCCUUCCUGACGCAACCCUUCUCAGGGAGUGGAGGCCCCAUUGGGAUACAAACCCACAACCCCUGGUUUACCAAACCAGUGCUCUAACCACUGAGCUACGGGGCCUCCGCAAAAGGCCACACAAUAUUCUUCCUUUUUCAGCUUCCACCACAUGGUUCUCUGCUCUACCUUUGUCUUCUUAAUCUUCCUACCCACAACCAGAGUCAUCCUACACACCACCAUCCGAUGCUGUUGAGCUACACUCUCCCCUCCCACUACCUUACACUCAGUGACCUCCUUCCGAUUAAGUCAUCUGCACAAAAUGUAAUCCACCUGGGUGCUUGUCCGGGUGCUUGUCCCUUCGCUCUUGUAGGUCACUCUAUUUUCCUGCCUUUUCAGGAAAAAAAGCAGCCAUUUCCAUCCUUUUGCAAAGUCCACCACUAUCUGUCCCUCAAAGUUCCUUUCCUGGAUGCCGUACUUACACAUCACUUCUUCUUCGCCCUUGUUUCCUUUCCAUUUAACCCGGUUAAAAGUUGGUACAGGUAAAAGUUCAGUAUAAUCGAGUAGCAAUUAGGUUAUGGGCUUUCUUUAUGCAAUGUGGUGGAAUAUCUGUUAAUCUGUGUGUGCUGACUUUAUUUUCUUUUGGAGGGAUUUGUAUUUAAAUGUGUUUGAUUUAUUUGUGAAAAAGAAAUACUUUUGUUUGUCAUUUUAUUGUUGUUACCAUUGUUUAAGAAGGACAGGAAAUGACGUGUUGAGAAGACGCGGGAGAGAAAGAGGGAGGAAAAAAAAGGAUUGACAGAGUGCAAGGUACGAGUGGUUGUUUUGAGGACAAACAAAGUGAACGGUGGACACAUCAAAAGUUGAUCGUGUUCGAGAAGAACUGUUGAAAGUUCAACUGGGAUAGUGUGUCGUUUGAGUGGACUACUCAAAUCACGCCGUAACGUGGUGGAGUUAGCCGUGACCACAGAGGCUAAGUGCAUGCAUGGGACUGAGCUUGGGCGCUAGCAACCAGCUAACGCUAGCUCGCAAGGCCUGUGUUGGUCCACGUGGAAGAAGAUGAGGACGUUAGUGACGAGUUAACACUAGCGAGGCUUGCAGCGGCUAGCGAGGCAUGCAGUAUUGGAGGAUAAGGACAAAGCUUCGCAACGGAUCGGACCGUCAGGACUUGGAUGAGGCUAGACCAUUGGACACAACCCUCGACGUUCGUCACUCCUGCCGCUUGAAAAAAAGACAUUGGGGUUUGAAUUUAAUUUCCUUGCCGGCUGGAUUCAGUUUUGUUUGAGCCCUUAGCUUAGGUUAGCCUAGCCAUGUGUGCAGUGUGUACCUGUUUUGUUCAAUUUAUUUACUGAAUGACAGUUUGUUGAGUAAAGGGAUUUGCUUUUCUAACCUUUAUUUUGUUAUUAAAUGUUUACAUCUUUUGGGACAUAA